AUGUUUUCCGGUUCUGAAAAGUCGCACGAGCUGGACAAGUCUCUGGCAAAUGAGGCAGGAAUGUCGGAUCACAUAUCGCAUGUUGGCGACUAUGAAGCCCAUGGCGCUGGACACGGUGAUCGUGCACAUCUCAAGUCUCGGCACCUGAUGAUGAUUGCGCUUGGAGGUUGUAUUGGCACGGCAUUCCUGGUUGGCACCGGGCGAACCUUGGCCAGAGGCGGUCCAGCACUGACAUUUGCUGCAUUUGUCGUCAUCUGUUCAUUCGUUUGGGUCUUUUCUACUCUUCUUUUCGAAAUGGCCGCGUACAUCCCGUUACGGGGCGCGUCAACCGAUCACUUUACCACGCGGUUUCUAUCCAAGUCAUUUGGCUUUGCCAUGGGCUGGAACUACUGGUACGCGUAUGCUAUUUUGGUUCCUUUCGAAGUUACCGUUGCGGCGUUGGUUAUCCAAUAUUGGAAUCCGCCCGUCCACGACGCCGUGUUCAUUACAAUUCUCCUCGUUAUCAUCAUUGGGUUGAACUUUAUGCCUGUGGCAAGUUCUGGAGAGGCAGAAUUCGCAUUUUCCACCCUCAAGCUCGCUCUAUUGGUUGGGUUGAUUAUUCUGUCGAUUAUCCUCGCCGCUGGCGGCGGACCGUCAGGAGAACGCAUCGGAUUCAGAUACUGGCAUGAUCCUGGUGCGGCAAAUGAGUGGAUUCUGAAAGGCAGCAAGGGCGUGUUUAUCAGUCUUUUGGGUGCGAUCGUGAAUGCUGUUCUACCGCUCUCCUUUGCUGCGGAAAUGGUGGCCACAUGUGGCGGCGAGACGAAGAACCCUCGAAAGACAAUCCCGGCAGCAGCAAAGGCGUUUAUUGUCCGCCUCUCAUUUUUCUAUGUACUUUCAGUCCUCGCAGUCACUUUAACCUGCCCAUCAAACGCGCCAGAACUUACAUCCGGGGGCGCAGGCGCCGGCGCAUCUCCAUUUGUGGUUGGUAUCAAAACCGCCGGCAUCAAGGUCCUCGAUCACAUUGUCAACGGCGUCAUCCUCAUUUCUGCGUGGUCAGCCGGCAAUAUUUACAUGUAUCUUGCCUCGCGAUCCAUCUACUCCCUAGCCAUCGCGGGCAACGCGCCAAAGAUAUUCGCCAAGACGAAUCGUUGGGGCGUUCCGUAUUGGAGCGUGACCAGCUGUGCUGUCAUAUCUCUCCUGGCAUAUCUAAAUGUCAGCUCCAGUGCAGGGGUUGUCUUCAACUGGCUGGUCAACAUGAUCAACAUGGCCGCCUUUUUCUCAUGGAUUACCGUUUCUUUUGCCUAUUUACGAUUCCGCAAAGCCCUCGACGUUCAAGGGAUUGACCGCUCGACUCUGCCGUAUGUGUCGGUUUGCGGGAAGCCUGGUGCCUGGGCGUGUAUGAUAUUCUUCACCAUUAUUGGUCUCCUCAAUGGAUUCUAUGUCUUCUUUCCCUCGGAGUGGAGUACUUCGGAUUUCAUGACGGCAUACGUGGGUACACUGUUGUUUGUAGUGCUUUACUUUGGGCAUAGAUUCACUUAUGGCCGCAAGGAUAAAUGGUUGAUUCCUUCGGAGAGUGUUGAUUUGGCCACUGGUACGGAAGAAAUUAGCGACGCGUUGGUCCAUGAGGCGUCUAAGCCCUCGGUGUUUGCGAAGAUGAAGGAGAGAGUGCACCGUAGAUCAUAG